GUCCGACUGUGUGUUGGUAUCGACCAUUACAUCGACCGUACAGCAAUCCAGUCUAAAUCAUCAUUAUACUACAGUUAUUACAGAUACUACCAUGAUAAAAAGUUGACAAUUAACAAAUUAACAUUUAAAUGGAGAGGACUAUGUUACUUUCGUUUUUGACAAGAUGAUUACUGAAGAAUUAUAAUUAACUGAAGAUGAAGAGCACGGCGAUCUUGUUGUUGACUUUCUGUCAUUUUAUGACUGCAUCAGAUCAACACUUUACCUUAAACAUAGGUAUCGUACCAUCGAAGGAAAACACCAUAGACAACGUGACAUCAUACUAUCCACUCACAGUCCCUUAUACCGUAUUAACCCUGAAAGUGAAGACAUACAGAUCACAGUACGAUAAAAUGACCAAAUUAAUGGAACUAUUAAUUAAGAACGAUAUCCACGUAGUUAUAGGACCCUUUGAAGACUCAAUCGCUGUUGUUACAGAAAAAUUAGAAAUUCCUUAUUUAGCUUUGACUUCUGACCAAAAUGGACGACGACUUCGAUCAACAUUCCAACUACUACCUAGAUUAUCAGACUUUAGUUCAGCCAUGUUAGAUUUAAUACGCCAUUACGAGUGGGAUAAAGUUAGCCUGUUCUAUGAUGAUGACCGAGGAGUAGACAUGCUUGAAAAACUACUUUCAAAUCAUGAUUUGAUGGUAAAAUCAUGGCGUGUUGAUUCUGUAGGAUCAGACGAACAGAUCCGAGACCAUCUUGUUCAUAUGAGGAUUGCAUUUAUUCAAACCAGUAUUAUUUUUUGUAACAGAAAUAACACAUAUCAGAUUUUGGAUCAGGCGAGAAGUCUUGCUAUGAUGUCAAUACCUUAUGAGUGGUUCUUUUACGAUCCUGGCGACCAGCUAGUAGAUAUUUUCAAAGGAUUUGAGGAUAUAACGUUUAAUUACACCGUCUUUAGCUUGAUGGAGUUUAACAGUCACGUGUAUGGUGUAAAGCAUCCUGAGGAAAAAUUAGACGUUGCCUUAACCACUGACGCUUUGUAUAUCAUUAACCAAACUGUGCCAAGGUUAGAUAAUAACACUGUGCAAGGAAUCAGAAAGGAUAUGAUUAAUAUCCUUAAACAGGAAACCUUUGAAGGAGUAACAGGCCACAUUGCAUUUAAUAAUGAUGGAAAACGUUUCAAUUUUACUAUAUUACUAACAGAGGUUUCCGUUUAUAAAAAUCGCUUAAAAGAGGUUUUUAACAGAUACGGGUCCAUCCAACAUCGGUCUAUAUUUGGAGAUACCGAAGAAGUCAAUGUAUAUACCAAUGACGAUACUACUAAGCCAGAUACAGAUUAUAGGAAGAAAGAUUUGAUGUUUGAGACUCUUAAGAUUGGUCGAUGGGUUUCUUACAAGGAUGGAUUGUUUCUUCCGAGACUUCAAAUGACUGAGAACAUUGAAAGAGGAAAUAAAACUACACCGUUUCCUUUGAGGGGAAGAAAAGCAAGAAUAGUCAUGAUUGAGGAAAAACCAUUCACCAUGCACAAAAAGGACCAUGAAAAAUAUAGCGGCAAUGAAAGAUUUGAGGGCUAUUCGGUUGACCUUAUUACAGAAAUAGCUAAUAUGUUGGACUUUGAAUUUGAAAUAUACCUUGUUCAUGAUGGAAAGUUCGGGACAAAAGAAAAAAAUGGUGAAUGGAACGGGAUGCUUGGAGAACUUUUAAAGGGGAAUGCUACAAUGUCUGUGGCUCCUCUUAGUAUCAACUCUCUAAGGGAAGAAGCUGUAGAUUUUACAAAACCAUUCAUGACUAGAUACAUCAGCGUGUUAAUGAAAGUGCCAAUGUCAGAAAGAUCAUAUUUUGAAUUUUUAAAUCCUUUACAUCCCUUAGUAUGGUUCUGUACUUUCGGUGCGUUCGUAGUUGUAAGUCUUGUACUCUAUAUGUUUGAAAAGGUUGGAGCAUCACAUAGUAAAGACUUGCCAGGCAUAUCCUUUAAAGAAAGUUUUUGGUUUGUGUUUGGAUCAUUACUUCAGGGUAGCACAGAAGCUUCACCAUCAACACUCCCAGGACGAAUACUUACAAGCGCUUGGUGGUUUUUUGCUUUGAUUUUAAUUUCUUCGUAUACAGCCAAUUUGGCAGCUUUUUUGACUGUGAAAAAAAUAAAUACUCCCAUUAAGUCCGUGACAGAUUUAGCAUCACAAACUACUAUAAGAUAUGGAACUGUUAUAGAUAGUGGCAUUAUGCAAUUUUUCAAAAAUACGGAUAUAGAACAUUUUGCAAAAAUGUGGGCACAGAUGAGUGAAAUAGACCCUCAAGAAUCAAUGGUUGCGAAUACAAGUGUUGGCUUUCAAAAAGUCAAAAAGGGGAAUUACGCUUUCUUUUGGGAUACAGCCGUUAAUAAGUAUAUGACAAUUAAAGACUGUGAAUUUAUGGAGAUUGGUCCUCAUUUUGAUCCAAAAGGAUUUGGAAUUGGAGUUCCACCCGGAGCCACAUACAGGGAAGAGUUAUCGAUGGCAAUAUUGAAAUUAGGAGAUGCAAGUAUAUUGCAUCAACUUGAAAAUAAGUGGUGGCCACGACGAACGUGCCCAGAUGUAACUAAACCUUCUGCAGAAGAGACAUCAGAACUUCAGAUUGAAAAUGUGGCGGGAGUUUUCUUCAUUUUAUCGGGAGGUAUUGUGUGUGCAGCAAUAGCUUGUGUUUUUGAAUACUUCUCUAAAAGUUGUAAAAAUCGAGAAAGAGAAGUCCAAAAACGAAAGGAAAAUAACAGUACUCCGAACCAUGUAAAUCAUAAAGAAAGAGAAAGCUUUUUAUGACAUAAUGGAAGUUGUAGCUAGCUAUUUUUGUUCAUCAGAUAAUGGUGAAGCUAGUAGAAUAUGUUUAAUAUCCUCGAGAGUACAUAUUACGUUACAGCACAUCAUAAAAGCUUGCAGACUUGAGACCAUUUGUUGAUCUCAUAUUGUAUUUAUGGCGCAGUAAUUGGGAGGUGUACAAAAAUUAUCUUCAUAUUUCAAAUUAAGAUGAAACUGAGAUCUUUAAUUCUUUAAAAAAUAUUCCAUUUUGGUUUAAUUGAUAAACAUGUUAUACCGACUGGAUUGCUCUAGAUAUGUGUUUAUAAUAUAGGCCUGCUUCCAACACAGUAUUUAUAAAGCCGAGUUCCCGCCUGAAGUAUUGACAGCAAAACAAUUCCAUAGAAGUCAAAAUGAAUGAUUAAAACUCGAAGUAAUAAGCAAAAAAGAACAGUUAAAGAAGGAGGAAAUCCGUCGUUACAGUAUGGUGGUUUUUAUUGUUAAAGUCGAAUUUGUUCGUUUGACAUUUCUCUAAAUGAUGUAAUUUAAUCUACAUUUUUAAGACAUUGUACCAUUGAUUUUUAUGAUUUUCAGCGACAAAUGUUAUGGUACAUUUGAAAUAAUGAUUACCUUCAUGUAAAUUAUGCAUAACUGUCGUGAGCUUAGUCUAAUAAGUCAUGUAAAAUAUGUUUAGAAGAUAGUUUUAAGUAACACAAGUUAAGUGUCUAAAAAUUGGGAAUCUCUUUAAGGCAUUAUAACGAUAACAAAAUGGGUCUAUGCAAGUACCGGCCAUACAUGCAAUCCUAUUAAUUCAAAAGAAUACGAUAAAAGUCCGAAUACGCAUGAUUAAAAGAGGGACGAAAGAUACUAGAGGAACAGUCAAACUCAUAGAUCGAAAACAAACUGACAACGCCAUGGCCAAAAAUAAAAAGACAAACAGACAAAUAAUAGUACAGAUGACACAACAUAGAAAACUAAAGACUAAGCAACACGAACCCCACCAAAAACUGGGGGUGAUCUCAGGUGCUCCGGAAGGGUAAGCAUAUCCUGCUCCACAUGUGGCACCCGUCGUGUUGCUUAUGUUAUUACAAAUCCGGUAAAUAGUCUAAUUCGGUAAGUCACAUUCGAGAAAAGGGAAGGUAUUGUAGUUACGACAUAAGGAACAUAUCCGAUAUCAUCUGUGAAACGGUUAUUCCAUAACGGUCAACCAACUCGUGAUGGCGUCCGUAAAACUUACGAAGGGAUGAUUUCAACUUCACCAUUUGGAACUCUUGGUUUAAUAGCUUCCUUGUGAGCAGCAAUCCUCUAUCAAGGAAAUCAUGAUAGGAAACACAAGCCCGGGAAUAUCGUAUCAAUUGGGAGAUAUAUACUCCGUAUGCAGGCGCUGCUGGAAUGUUGCUACAUAGAAAUGGAAAGUUCACAAUUGGGAAGCUGAAAUCAUCUCUUUUGUCGUAAAGUUUUGUUUUCAACCGACCCUCAUUUACAAUUUCUAGAUGUAAGUCAAGAUAUGAGGCAGACUUAACUGUAUCUGUAGUAUCCUUUAUCUCUAGUUCGAUGGGAUAGAUUCGUUCAACAUAGUCACCAAAUUUUGUAUUAUUUAGUGAGAGAACAUCAUCUAUAUAGCGGAAUGUAGAGUUAAAGGAUAUUGCUAACUUCUUAUCUUUCUUCCUAAGAAGUUCCUGUAUGAAGUCAGCCUCAUAAUAAUAAAGAAACAAGUCGGCAAGAAGAGGGGCACAAUUAAGUGGCGAUUGAGCAUAAUGUAAGAUAGAAAUGUAUAACUAGAUUCUCAAGAGCCUGUGUCGCUCACCUGUAUCUACUGUGUUUUUGGAAAUCAUAUAGAAUAAGGUUAAAAUCAUAAUAAAUAGUAUUAGAUACCCUAAUAAUGAUUGAGGCCAAGUUUGGUUUGAUUUGGCCCAGUAGUUAAAUUAAAAGCAGGUCAUCCCAUUGUAGUCUUACAAUAGUUACUGAAGAUCCCUUAUCAUUAUCUAAAUUAGUUUUCAAGUUGUGACCAAUUGAAAUUGUUUUUUUUUUACAAUUUUCCCUUAGACUUCUAUAGUAAACCCCUUUGAUCUAUUUUUAGCCAUGGCGGCCAUGUUGGUUGGAUGACAGGGUCAUCAGAUACAUUUUUCAAUCAAGAUACCCUAUUGAAAAUUGUGGCUAAGUUUAAUUCUGUUUGGCCCAGUAGAUUAAGUGGAGAAGAUUUUUGUAAAAGAUUACAAAAAUUUACGAAAAAUUUACUAUAAAGGACAAUAACUCAUUAAGGGGUCAAUUGACAAUUUUGGUCAUUACACUUAUUUGUAGAUGGUACUUUGCUGAACAUUAUUGCUGUUUACAGUUUAUCUCUAUCUAUAAUAAUAUAUAACCAAAAACUGUAAAAUUUCCUUAAAAUUACCAAUUAAGGGGCAGUUACCCAACAACGGGUUGUCUGAUUAGUCUGACAAUUUCAGGGCAGAUAGAUCGAAACCUGAUGAACAUUUUUUACCCCAUGUCAGAUUUGCUCUACACCUUUAGUUUCAGAGAUCUAAACCAAAAACUGCAUUUUACCCCUAUGUUCUAUUUUUAAUCAUGUCGGCCAUGUUGGUUGGCAGGCGGAGUCAUUGGACACAUUUUUUAAACUAGAUACCCUAAUGAUGAUUAUGGCCAAGUUUGGUUAAAUUUGUCUCAGUAGUUUCAGAGGAGAAGAUUACAAAAAUUUACGAAAAAUUGUUAAAAAUUGACUUUAAAGGGCAAUUACUCCUGAAAGGGUCAAUUGACAAUUUUGAUCAUGUUGACUUAUUUGUAGAGCUUACUUUGCUUAACAUUUUUGCUGUUAACAGUUUAUCUCUAUCUAUUAUAAUAUUCAAGAUAAUAACCAAAAUCUGCAAAAUUUCCUUAAAAUUACCAAUUCAGGGGCAGCAACCCAACAACGGGUUGUUUGAUGCAUCUAAAAUUUCUGAGAUAUAAGCCAAACUGCAUUUUACCCCCAUGUUCUAUUUUUAGCCAUGGCGGCCAUCUUGGUUGAUGGGCGGGGUCAUCGGAUACAUUUUAAAACAAGAUACCCGAAGGAUGAUUUAGGCCGAGUUUGGUUUAAUUUAGCCCAGUAGUUUUAGAGGAGAACUUUUUUAUAAAAGUUAACGACGACGACGACGGACGACGGACGCCAAGUGAUGAGAAAAGCUCACUUGGCCCUCUGGGCCAGGUGAGCUAAAAAGGAGCCAGAAGCGGACUUUGACAUCUUUCAAUAUUGUAAAGAUGACUUGCAGUCCAUAACUCUUUAUUUUAUCAAAAUAACAAAUAAAAUUUAAAUAUGUGUACAUGUACAUGUAUGUACCAAAAAAAAUGCCCCUGCAGAAUAUUAAAUAUUUAUUGAUAUAGUUGUUUUCAUUAUAUCUAUAUAUGGUAAUGAUUGUUUAUUGGCUGCUUGAUGUCCACUUUGAACUAUUUAUCCAUACAAAGGAUCAACAUAAUGAGUGAGGUGAAUAUUUCAACAUCAUGAGUAAGAUAUUUAUAUUGCUAUGCAUGUAGAUCUCAAUGUAUUAAAAUAGUCCCUUAAAAUACUUGUCACAACAAGGUGAUAUGGACUUUCAUCAAAAUAAGAUAAAUCAGUGAUUUUUUUUUAAAUUCAAGGGAAUUUAAUAUUAAUUUCAUCCAAGAUAGAUAGGUCUAUAAAACAUUAAACAUUGUAGAUAAAUUUGUACAAAACAGCAGCCGGUGUUUCAAAAUUCCACAUAGCAAAUCUGAACAAUAUAAACCGUCAUUCUUUGUAAAAACAUUUUUUUAUUGGAAUAGACUACCAAACAAUCUGUGAGUACCAUUACAAUUGAGAGCUUUAACACUUCGGUUGCUCUCACAUCGUUGGACUAAUUUUCCAGCGCCUCUCUUCCGUUGGCGUUGCCAUUGAUGCUUAUCCUGGCCCUGCAACGUACUUAUUCAGAUUCAGGUCUAUGUCUGUUGAAACAAUAAUCCGGGAUGACGAUGGUUCUAACGAACAUUGAUGUGAUCGUUGUCAUCUAAAGACAGAUUUUUAAUAUUUGUCUCCUAGAACAGGUCUUCAUAGAUAAAACAAGAUGCAUUUCGGAUAACUGUGUGUUAAGUAACUACUUGUCCACGACAAUGAGCUGACACAACUACAUGUUGGCAUCCCGAUUUUUGACCUUUUAUUUUCAAUUCGAUUUAUCACACGUGCGUUUGAAUCGAACGGAGCAAUAUAUGCACAAGAAAAACGUCUAUGUGAAAAAAAUUUCAAGGAGAAACAAAAUUUGGAGCGGCAUGCGGCCCAAAAAUUUGCGUAAGCGGUAAUUUUUUUUAUUUAUUGAAAAGUCAAUUUCUCCAAAAAAAAGGAGCGGGAAAAUCCAAAGAACUAUUAAUCAAAUUGGUGUGGCCUAAUAUAUCAUGUAUUGUGUUACAACUCUAGAUUCUACUGACGAGGAAAGGUAACACUAGGCCACCGAAAGCUGAGUGGUCUAGACCGCUGGACACAGUGCAGGCGGUGUUGUCUCGAUAUCUCAAUAGCAUGAGUUCGAAUCCCGGCGAGGAAAGAACAAAAAUUUGCUUCCGCAAAUUUGCAGAUUUAACAUUGUUGUGCUGAAAUUUAGAGUGAUUAUGUAUAUAUAUAUAUAUAUAUUUGCGGAAGCAAAUUUUUGUUCUUCCCUCGUAUAUAUAUAUAUAUAUAUAUAAGAUUGUCAGCACAAAAUAGAUUGAUCAAAUCGGAAAAUAAUUACUUAACCACAUAUGUUGAUAUGUUUAUAUUAUCAUCGAUCAUAUGACUGCUUCGUUCACCAAAUAUCCAGUCCAGUUGUGCGAUAUAUCAUAUUUUACCAUGUAUUAGGGUUUACAGUAUAAAUUAGGUUAAGACCCGUAUCAGUACCAAUGUCGGACAUUAGUGAAAGUAUAUUUUAAAACAGAUUAUUUAUAUUUCUAUGAUCCAUAUUAGCCCUUGUAUCAUAUUCCUCUAACCAUGUCCGACCAUUAUCAGACAAGGACCAGUUAGCAAUAACUGGAACAAGUAUAUAUACUAAAACAUUUUCAGGGAACAUAUCUAAAAUAUCAUUAGGAAUCAGGGAAUAGCUGCUUUCAGAAUUUCAUGUUAAUGCAAAAAAUAAGUUUUUAUUUAAAGCCAAAACAAAUUUGCUAUAAUCAAAGAUUGUUUCAUAUCACGCACGUCUACGUGCAUGUCAUUGUGUCAUUUUAACGAUGAAUUUAGCUAGCUCCCCAAGCACAGAAGGAAUUACCCUGUCCUUUGUUCUCACUCCUCUUGUAGUUGAUUGGUUAAUGUGAUUCCUAGACGCAUGCGUGUAGUGAUGAUAUUGACUUCCGUAAUAAACUUAUCUACUUAUAUAAUUUUUUUUAUAUAAUCCUCUUUCAACUCUUUAGCAUGGUUUUCUAAAGAGAUGAAAUUACAAUUUCCAUCAUUAGGUGAUUUUCAAUCUAUUAAUCAAUUGAAUUAUUCAACAGUGACUGAAUUUUAAUCAAACUAUCUAACAUUCCACAUUAUAUAACUGUAUGUGUACUUAAUGUUUGUUUGAUUUAUUUUGCCAUUUGAAUGUUUAUUUACAUAUUCGUAUGAAAAAGAUUGAUAUAAGAUGACCGUAAAUAUAAAGUUGUCAUGUCUUUUGACGACUUCAGUUGAAAGAGUGAUUAUAAUUUCAAGUGUUGAUUGGUUGUAAUUCAACGUGUUUCUAUAUAUAUAGUGUUUUCUGUGAUUUCAUCUUUUGUAUCUACCAUAUAUGCUAUGAACAUUGUAUUCUUAACAAACUAAGAAUUGUAUGUUAUUGUUGAUAAUAAAUUGUGUGAAGAAUUUUUCUUCACAAUAUGUGUGGGACAUCUGACUGAGAAUGUUUGAUACUUUGGAGUGACGAGUUGUUAGUAGCUUCUUUAUCGUUUUACUGUACGUUUUAUAGUUUAUGUUUAUACAAUGUACUGCUGUACUGUGAAUGCUGCCUUUGUACAUAAUUUAAAAUAAAGUGAUUUCCAUCCA